AUGCGUGUGGGCAGCGAACACAGCGUCCGGAUUCACAGAGAAGGCCCUCGACGACCCUCGCCCGUUCUCUAUGCCCUUGGGCUCGGUUUCGUCGUUGCCUACGUCGUCCGAUGGCGUUCAGACCCCCUUCAUGCCAUCCCUACCGUCGGCGGCCCGUCCCUCCCCAUUCUCUCUCUCAUCAGCGUGUACAACUUCAUCUUUCGCGGACAUGAGCUCAUCAUGGAGGGCUACCAGAAGUACUACGGCUCUGCGUUCAAGGUCGCCAGUCUUGACGGCUGGAACGUUGUCGUCAGUGGCCCGAAGCUCGUCGACGAGCUGCGCAAGCGCCCCGAUGACGAGCUCAGCUUCCUAGAGGCCACAGAGGAGUUCCUUCAGUUCACCCACACCUUGGGCAGACAAUCCCUCGACGACUCCUUCCACAUCGACAUCAUCCGAGACAAGCUCAUGCGCACUCUCCCGGUCGUUCUCCCUGACGUGAUCGACGAGUUGUCGUAUGCCGUUCCGGACUACAUUCCCACCGCUGGCGAAGAAUGGACGACUGUGCACGCCAUGACCACCAUGCAGAAAAUUGUGGCGCGCAUAAGCAACCGCGUUUUCGUAGGCAUCCCGCUCUGCCGCGACAAGAGCUACCUCAAGCUCGCGAUCGACUUCACAACCGACGUUGUCAAAGACGUACCAUCAUCACUCUCUUCCCCCAAUUCCUCCGCCCGUGAGUGCGUCAAGAAGCAACGUCGGUGUUCCCCGCGCCCCCGCCACGAAGAACGUCACUCGGACCGCCCAGUUUCUGCAGCCUCUUCUAGAAGAGCGCCGGGCGAAGAUGGAAGAGUUGGCGACGGCUGGGAGGACAAGCCCAACGACAUGCUGCAAUGGGUCAUGGAGGCCGCGAUCCCGCGCCGCGCCUCGGACGAGAACAUCGCGGAGCGCAUCCUGCUCACCAACUUCGCCGCGAUCCACACUCGUCCAUGGUGCAGCAUCACGCACGCGCUCUACUCCCUCGCGGCGUACCCGGAGUACAUGCAGCCCCUCCGCGACGAGGUCGAGGCCGUCGUCGCCGCCGAGGGCUGGUCCAAGGCCGCGAUGGGCAAGAUGUGGAAGCUCGACAGCUUCCUGCGCGAGGCCCAGCGUUGCCACGGCAUCGGCAUCAGACGUCACGCUCUCCGACGGCACCUUCCUCCCCACGGGCACCCUCUGCUCCGCCGCCUCCUGGGGCACGCACCACGACGCGCGCUCUACCCGGACCCGGACACCUUCGACCCGUUCCGGUACGCGAACAUGCGCGGCGCCGACGGCGAGGGCACCAAGCACCAGUUCGUCAACACCUCGCUCGACUACAUCGCCUUCGGGCACGGCAAGCACGCCUGGUACGUUCCGUCGGUCGCGCUCCGUCCCGGGGCGGUUCUUCGCGCGAGCGAGCUCAAGUCGAUGUUGGCGUUCAUCGUCGCCAACUACGACCUCAAGCUCCCCGGCGACGGCAAGCGGCCGCGCAACGUUCACUUCGGACUUCUGUUGAAGAGGCAGACCGUCUCGGCUUGA